CAAAUAAUCUAAACAACCAGUCUAUGCUUAAACCAAACGAACACGCUGACGCCAAAGCUCGAAGGGGUUUGAGUUCAUCAAAAAAGAUCAGAUGCAGAGUUUAGUUGUGUCUGAAGAACGAGAGGUCAAUGGAUCCACCGACAGCAUUUAAGAGACCGGACGCAACCGAACCCGUCUGUAAAAAGAUGAAGUUUAAGCAAUCUGUGAAUCAACCACAUUAUAUGUGUUCUGAAUUCAGCCAAGACUUUAAACUUAAUGAAGUCCUGAACACAUUUAAAUCAAAUCUGAGAGAGAAGUUUCAGUGUUUGUUUUCAGGAACAUUAAAGCAGAGAAACCCAACUCUACUGAACGAGAUCUACACAGAGCUCAACAUCACACGUAAAAGUGGAGAGGCAGAGGAGACACCAAUCAAAUGUAAUGACAUCUUUAAACCUUUACCUGAAAAACACAAACACAUCAGAAGUGUGCUGACAAAGGGAGUUGCUGGCAUUGGAAAAACAGUCUCUGUACAGAAGUUCAUUCUGGACUGGGCUGAAGAGAAAGAGAAUCAGGACGUCCACCUCAUAUUUCCACUUCCUUUCAGAGAGAUUAAUUUGAUGAAGGACAAAACACUCAGUCUUUUAGAUCUUCUUCAUCUUUUCUUCCCAGAAACAAAAGAAAUGAAAAUCUUCAGUGAUAAAUAUAAAGUGCUGUUCAUCCUUGAUGGUUUGGAUGAGUGUCGUCUGUCUCUGGAUUUUCACAGCAGUGUGAGGUUGUGUGAUGUAAGUGAAUCAACCUCAGUGGACGUGAUGCUGACAAACCUCAUCAAGGGGAAUCUGUGUCCCUCUGCUCGCAUCUGGAUCACCUCUAGACCAGCAGCAGCUGAUCUCAUCCCCUCUGAGUGUGUUGAUCGAGUCACAGAGGUACGAGGCUUCAGUGAUAAACAGAAGGAGGAAUACUUCAGGAAGAGAAUCAGUGAUGAGAGUCUAUCUGAUCAAAUCAUCUCACACCUGAAGUCAUCCAGGAGUCUCUACAUCAUGUGUCACAUCCCAGUGUUCUGCUGGAUUUCAGGCACUGUUCUAGAGAGAAUAUUGAGUGAAGCAGAGAGAAGAGGGAACCCCAAGACUCUCACUCAAAUGUACACACACUUCCUGAUCAUCCAGACAAACAUCAAACAUCAGGACGACUAUGAAAAGAAAUUGAAGAAUAAAGACAUGAUCUUCAAACUGGGUAAACUGGCUUUAGAGCAUCUUGUGAAAGGCAAUCUGAUCUUCUAUGAUGAAGACCUGAGAGAGUGUGGCAUUGAUGAAGCAGAAGCAUCAGUGUACUCAGGAUUGUGUACUCGGAUCUUCAGAGAGGAGUUUGGUUUGUGUGAGAGGAAAGUUUACAGCUUUGUUCAUCUGAGCAUUCAGGAACAUCUAGCAGCUCUAUAUGUGCACCUCGCCUUUAUGAAGAACAACAUAAAUGUGUUGACUGAAAUUAAACCGAAUCAAAUAGAUCAGCUUUCAUUACUUGAUCUGUAUCAGAGAGCAAUAGAUACGGCUCUACAGAAUAAAAAUGGACAUCUGGAUCUUUUUCUUUGUUUUCUUCUGGGUUUGUCACUGAAGUCGAAUCAGAAUCUCAUACCAGGUCUGAGGUUACUGACAUGCUACAACUGUCACAUCAAUAAGGAAACAAUCCAAUACAUCAAACAGACGAUCAGGAAGAAUCCUUCACCAGAGAAAUCAAUCAAUCUGCUUCAGUGUCUGAAUGAACUGGGUGAUUCUUCAAUAGUGGAGGAAAUCCAACAUUUUCUGGCAUCUAUAACAUUAGGUAAAGCCAAACUCUCUUCAUCUCAGUGGUCAGCUUUAGUUUUGGUGAUGAUGACAUCAGAACAGCAGCUGAAGAAGUUAAAUAUGAAUCCAUUUAUUAAUGGAAACAAAGCUGAACCACUGAAAGUUCUUCAGAAGCUGCUGCCCGUGAUUUGUGAAUGUAGAAUAGUUCAGUUGAGUCAAUGUAAUAUCACAGCUGAAAGUUGUGUUCCUUUGACUUCAGCUCUGAGAUCAAACCCAUCACACCUGAGAGAUCUGCAUCUGUCUGAUAAUAAAAAACUAAAAGAUUCAGGAGUUAAGCUGAUCUGUAAUGUACUGAAGAAUCCUGACUGCAAACUGGAGAUACUGAAGUUGAGUCAUUGUAAUAUCACAGUUGAAGGUUGUGCAGCUCUGUCUUCAGCUCUGACAUCAAACCCAUCACACCUGAGACAUCUGAAUCUGACUAACAAUGAUCUUGGAGAUUCAGCAAUGGAGCAUCUAUCUGCUUUCCUGGAGCAUCCUAACUGUAAACUGGAGGAACUCUGGUUGAGUGAUUGUAAAAUCACAGAUGAAGGUUGUGUUGCUCUGUCUUCAGCUCUGACAUCAAACCCAUCACACCUGAGAGAUCUGAGUCUGUCUAAUAAUAAUCUUGGAGAUUUAGGAGUGAAGCUGUUGUCUGCUGUACUGGAGAAUCCUCAGUGUAAACUGGAGAUACUGAAGUUGAAUGCUUGUAAUAUCACAAAUGAAGGUUGUUUCGCACUGACUUCAGCUCUGAGAUCAAACCCAUCACACCUGACUGAAUUGGUUCUGAUUGGGAAUAAGCUGGGAGAUUUAGGAGUGAAGCUGAUCUCUGAUCUGGUGAAUGAUCCACGUUACAAACUGAAAAAGAUACGCUUUUCACCAUUGGCCUUAUUUUUCAACAAACGCAUCAGAACAUUGAAGACGACAUCCUGAUCUCUCUCUCUGUCUGUGUGUGUGUGCGUGUGUGUGUGUGCGUGUGUGUGUGCGUGUGUGUGUGUGUG